AUGAACAAUGCAAAGUCUCAUAUUAAGGACAUUCGUCAAAAUUUAUCUAUAUCUAAUUUUUCUUUAAGGGAGCGACUUGAAAGAUCAAUUAGUAUAUUAACAACUGAAUUAUACUCAUCUCUUGGUAGAGCCUUAUUAGAACUUCUACAAAAUGCAGAUGACUCUAAUUUUUCUGAGUGCUAUGAUAAAGAUUCUAUACCUACAGUAUAUAUCUUACUUAGAUGGGAUUGCUUGAUUGUACAUAUUAAUGAAUUAGGGAUGACACCUGAAAAUAUUGAAUCUAUAUGUGACAUAGGUAAUUCAUCUAAAAAAAAUUCUUCAGUUCGGUUUUACACUGGUGAGAAAGGAAUUGGAUAUCGUUCUGUGUUUCAAAUAUCUAAUAAUCCUAGUAUUUAUAGUGGUUACUAUUCUAUAAGCUUCUCAAAUGAGCCAGAUAAGGAUGUAGGACUUGGAUACAUUGUACCAAAGUGGGAAGAUCACAAUAAAGUACCUGAAGUUGUAUCCGUAAUAUUUAAGAAUAUUUCAAGGUAUGGAGUACCAUGGAGUAAAGAAAAAGAAGAUAACAUUACAAAUUUAGAGAGAGAAGAAACAAAAAAUUCUAAUAUUGAUAAAAAGCGUUUGGGGUGGAAAUUUAAAUAUAAAGAACAGGAGAUAGUUUGUGAAAAUGAUAAAAAAAGGGAAGUUUUUAACGGAGAUUUGUAUCAGAAAUAUAAUGGAACAUUACACUACUUACCAUUUACAAAUAAUGAUACUAAAUCGAAGUUUCCAUCAAUAUUAUCAGCAAUUCAUGAUAUUUUUGUCCCAGAUAUUCUUCUAUUUCUUAGGAGAAUCUUGAAUAUUGUGAUAGAUGUGGAGCCACGUAAUUACACUCAUUAUAUGAAUUAUAGUCAGAUAUCUGAAUUUCCACUAUUAAGAAGACACUUAUCUUCACAUAUUUUAAAUAAAGAAUUUAAAGAAAGUAAUAUUUCACAUGAUUCUGAGUCAUUAGAUUUUAAUAGAAAGGAGAUAGAUAGUGAAUUACAUUCAUUCAUGGUAUCAGUUAUAUCUGCAUCUUUACCUCCACAUAUUUCAGAUUACAGAUUUGUUCAUAUUCAAAUGAGGCAAUUUGAUGAAGAUGAUCUAAAUCAAGAUAAGGAAUAUAAACUACGUGAACAUGUCACUUCUUCAUUCUUUAUGAUUCUGAGUUUUAAGAUUUCUAUACCACAAAGGUUUUCUGAAAAUUAUAUAUUGCGAGGUAGACAAGAAAGAUUCUUUACACGUUGGUCUAUUGCUUUUCCAAUAUUUAGCUGUACUUACACUGAAGAAUAUUUAAAAAAUGAUUUAGAAAGUUCUUCUCAUAAAAAAGUAGAUAAUUUAGAUUUAGUAAAUAGGCAAUCAGAAAGUGACUUGGAAUCUUCAUCUAUAUCUUUUUUAGGUUAUGGUUUUAAUUCAUGGUACUAUUUAAAGAAUCAAAUACUCAAAUAUUCUGGAGAAAUGUCAUGUUCAUUAGGUUCUGCUGGUCUACCUAAAUCUAAAUAUAAACAAGGAAAGAUUUUUUGUACAUUACCACUAAAGACAAGCUUUGUAUUCCCUUUUCAUGUAGAUAUUCAAGAUCUACUAUUAACUGCAAAUAGAGAGGAAUUACUUAUGAAUAAUCAAUGGAAUGAUUGGCUUAUAAGCUUGAUAUUUGAGAAUCAAAUACCGGAUAUAUUAACAUCUCUAGUUAAUAAGCAAUUUAACAGUAAUAUUAUAAUAAAUUCAUUAUGUAUAUAUCAGAGUUUUGACAAAUUUGUUAGGAAUUUUCUUGAUUUUUUACUUUUAAAAGACAAUAUUGGUACUUGUGAAAAAGAUAAAUGUAAUAAUAAUAAUAAUCCUGUUAGCUCCAAAGAGUCUAUAAACAAACUUUAUUCUUAUGAAAUUACUAUAUUAAAUUUAGCAGAUAUAAUAAAGUAUACUUGGUUUCCAACGAGGUGUGAAGAAUCUGAUGAAUUCAAUAAUAAGUUGCAAACUUUAUGUAUAAACUCGUUACUCGUUAUGCCAUUUUUAGUAAGUAUAGACUUAACUUAUUUUUCUCCUAGUGAUUUGAUGCUACCAUUGACACCUCCAUAUAUAUGUAAAAUUUUAAAAGAUCACAAUUCUAAUUACUCAAAAAAUAUUGAAAUGGGAACUGGUAGUCUAAGCAGUGAAUUUACAGAGAAUCUAUCCCUACCAUCAGUAUCUACUUUAUUUUAUUGCAAACUUUGUAAAUUACACUUGGAAUUUCUUAAAUACUUCAACAAUACAAUUAAAUCAGUUUUACAUCCACAGAUAUCGAUAUUUCGCACUUGUGUAAACAAUCCACUUAUAAAUUUAAAGCCAGUUAUUUCUUUAUUUCCUACAAUAUCCAAAAUCUUCGACUCUUAUGGAAUUGAAAAGAUUAAUUUCGCUACUUUAAUGAAUAGAGUUAAUACAAGAAUUCAUAAUUUUAUAAAUGUCCUACCAGAUGCAUUAUUAGUUAUUUUGUAUAUCUAUAUCUCACAGUUGACUCGUAAUAAUGAAGAUCAAUAUAUACUAAAUAAAAUAUUAAAACUACCGAUUAUACCUCUUGAAGAUGGAAGUAGAAUACCUGGUUUAAUUACAAAUUCAAAGGAAUUAAAUGAUAAUCGAGAUAGAGUUUCUAAUAAUAAACUUAAUGUUUCAUCUCUUCAUUUAUCUGUAUCUAAAUAUAGCUCUCAAGCAAAUAAAUCUAAUAUUAAUUCUCCAUAUUCAAUGUAUCCCAUUUUCCAGCCACAUAUUUGUAUACCAAACAUGGAAUUUCAAGCUUAUUGGGAACAAUAUGAAUUUGAGAGAUUUAGUGAAAUUAUAAAUAAAUUGGGAAUAAUUAAGUUUGUAAAUAAAGAAGUAUGCCAAUCCGCACCAGAAGAUGUCUUUGAUUUUAUGAUUAAUAUACUAGGUAUUGAACAUAUAGAUCUUCCACACUUUUUUAGAUGGGUUGCAGUUUCAACAAAUAAAUAUUUAGAACUUGGGUGGGAAAAUGCACUAGAUUCUCAAUUACACUCAAUACUAUUAAUGAUAACUCCUUUAAUUGUUGAAGAUAUUCCUUGGACUGAGCUAACGGAAGAUAGGAUGCUUAUGAAACUUCCAGUGGUAGUACAAACAUAUUCACCUUCAUUUUUAAAGAGUAUUUUUUAUGAUAUGUACCCUCCAAAAAGGUAUGCUAAUGAGAAAGAACUAGCUUUGAGUGAUGAGUGGGCUAAAUGUUCCAUUCCAUUUCCUACAUGUGUAUGUAAUUUCAAAAAGUAUGAAGUAAAUAAUAAAGUUGAAAUAUUUCAUUCUGAAUACGAAACGGAUAAAAGAUAUAUCCCCCCAGUUACUGUUGCUAUACGAAUGACUGAGGUAAGUAGAUCUAUUACUAUGUUAAUGACUCUAUAUUCCAAUUGGGAAAGAUCUAAGAAAAUUAAGCCUCCAGUAAAAUACAAUCCUAGCUUCUCUAAGACUACAAAUUCACAAUCUCAACAGAAUUCUACUUUAAAAAAUACAUUUAAGUUUGAAUACAAAGGAUUGACAAUCAUACCACCAUUAUGGCCUCCUCUUGUUGAGUGGGUAUUUCCUAAGGUAUCUGAUAGAUUUCACUUUGUAGAAUUAUCCAGCAAUUAUAUGGUAUAUGAUCCAUCAUCUAAUAAAUACUCGAAAGAAAUUGGAGGUUCUUUAUUUCGUGGAUUCAUCAAUAGAUUUUUUAAUUUGCUAGAACAAUGGUACAUGGGAUGUAAUUUUGAUAGAUUACCCCCUAAGACUGAUGCAACACCUUUAAGCUGGAUGAAAUCCAAUAAUCAAAAUGAUCAAAAAGGCUGUUCAUUAUGUAACCACUUAUUAAAUAUAAUGAGAGCUGGUGCACUUAUUCAAAUAGCUAAUGAGUACUCAAGACGCUCAUAUACAUCUGAGUUUUUGACUGAAAUUCUACCCAAUAUGCCUUGGAUACCUUCACCAUUUAAUACAAAAAGGCAUAAUAUAUACUCAGCUACUUCAAAAAAUAUUGUCUCUUGUUGUAGUAGAUGUAUAUUAUGUUCCCCAUCGAGUUUAUACAGCCCAAAAUUAGAAAAACAGCUUAAUGGAUUAGUUCCCUAUGUUUCUGAAACGGUAUUUCUUGCUUUGCCAGUUAAUUUAAGGAAUGCAUACAAAUUUGCAGUACCUAGUGAGCACCGUGAAACUUAUUCUACUCGUAGCUUAACAGAUAGGACUAUAGAAGAUCUUGGAAGUGAGUUACAAUUGAUAGGUCAAACAUUAGAAAAUAUUGGGGUUACAACUCAACUGAGCACAUACUCACUAAUUAAUAUUUUAAGAAGAAUUAGUAAAUAUAAUGAAACUGAAAGAGAAGUAGAGAGUGAAAUAGUUCUAGAUUAUGUAUCAAUUUCAGAAGAUUCAAUUGAAUAUGCUGCUAAAGUGGCCUCAAAAGGGUUUGGUAUAGAUAUACAGAGUCUUAUAAUUUCAGAUUGGUGGAAGUCACUAAAUAGGUUAUGGAAUAAUAAGGAAUCAAUUUCUAGAGAUAUAAAUAAAGAUAAUAAUGAAGAAUCCAUAAUUGAUGUAAUAUGUAAUCUAUACCAUCAGAUUGGAAUUCAACCAGACUUUGAUAUAUCUAAUGAUAUGAAGAGGCCAUUUUUUCGUGAAUCUUUGAUAUAUUUACCUUUAAUGGAAUCUUCAAUUAAUAAAUGGGUUCAUCUAGAUUUUGAUAAAAUGAUUUGGAGUGAUCCAUACGAAUUUUUUCAUGGUCAUUUUAUUAUUGUAAGCAGGUUAAUUAGAAAGGAUAAAAUAAAACAUGUAAGAACAUUCUUUCUUUCACUUAUAUCUGAAGAACCACUUGCUCAACAUUAUGCACUUUUAUGGCAACAGGAAUGUCCAAAUAUGGUCAAGAAUAAUAAUAAAAAUUUAUUGGGAAAGCUCAAAGCCUUUCUUACAGUUGCAGUUAAAAAACUAAGUAUUCUAAUUUCUGACAAAAAUAUUAGAUCCUACCAUUGGUGGACAGAAUUUUGUAAAAAUACUAAAAUACUGACUAGGGAUUCUCUUAAAUUUGUAGAUUCAAAUAAGUGUUUUAUUGCUGAUGUACAAAUUGGAAAUAAUCUAGGAUCUUUUAAUAUACCGAUAGCACUUACACCAACUAUAGAAGUUGAGAAAUUCUUAAAAGAUAUUCUAAAUGUCAAAUAUCUUUCUCAAGCAUAUAAUAUUUAUUGUAAAAUAGGAAAACCAGUUAGUGAUAUUAAAGAUAUUUAUGGUGAUCAUAUGGAAUAUCUACAAAUACCAAAAGCUGAUACCAGCCUUAGAAAAUUAGAAUUAAAUAAGAAUACUACCAAUGUUGAAGAUGAAUUGCACUUACCAACAAUAAAAUUUGCUAAUAAAGUUUUAGAUAAUAAUAAUUUAGACGUCAAUAGUACAUUUAAUCACUCACAUAAUAUAAACAAUGAAAAUAAAUAUUGGCUCACUGUUGAAUUUUGGGGAACUUUCAUACUAUUACUGCAAUCUAGAGCUCUUGAUAUAUAUUUAGCAGUUGUUGAUAUAUUAUGUGAAAAUAAUACAAAUGAGCAUUUUGAUAGAACUGACUUUUGCCCGUAUUCUAUAUCAGAAUUUGAACUAGAAUCACAAUAUACUUCACUUCAAAGUUACAAAAGAUCUUCAAAAUUGGAGUCCUUAAAAAAUCAAGAUAAUAUUCAGGUUAUAGCAGAAUGGUUGAUGAUAUUUAUGAAUACUAAAGAGAUAUUUGUAGAUAGUAUUAUGUUUGAAUUUCACAAUAAAGAUAAUGAAACUAGUCUAGAAACAUCUAACAAGCAAAUAAUACCAAUAGGAGCUCUAUUCUAUGAGUUACCAAUGAAAAAAGUAUCUGCACUUUUUAUAAAUUCAAAUGCUAGUAAUACAGAUCAAUUAUAUGAUAUUUGCAAAAUUAUGACUGAUUGUCUACUCCCAAAUGUUAAUUUUAAUAAUAUUAUACAAAUCAACAUACAUGAACUGCUAAUUCUUACAAAUGAUCAAAGAUGUAUGAUACUCAAUAAAUAUAUAGAUAUACAAGGAUUUACAGAUAAUCUAGAUAUAUCAAAAAAAGGAGAUUUAAAUUAUUUAAUAUACCAACAAAUCCUUAAUGUUGGCUGGAAAUUUAUGUAUAUUGUUAAACACUGUCAAUGUAAACAGCACAAUAGUAAAUUUAGUUCAAGCAAACCUAAUCUAAAUAUAAUAAAAACAGAUAAAUGUAUUAAUGAUCAUGAUCUAAAUAUACAUUAUGCUACUGAUCAAAAUAAAUACAGAAAUCAUAUUGAACAAAUGAAUCCUAUAGGGGCUGUUACAUCUACUACUAAGUUCGAUACAAAAAAUACUACAAAUAAUAUAGACAAUGUAACAACAGUAAAUAGUGAUAAUAAUAUUAAUAAGAAUUAUAAAUAUUCAAUAGAUUUAUUUGGUAUGAAUACUCUAGAUGAUCCUACUCAAUCGUCUAUAAUCAAUUCAUCUUUAUCAAAUCUUCAUCCCGACUAUUCUUUACCUAAUCUGGCAUCUACUGGACUUGAUCAUUUAAUAAAGGAAUAUGUGAAUCAGAAUCCACUUAUCCUAGAUACUAAUCAAUACCUUUUAUCAGAAGAAGAAAUGACAUUUAAAACAGGUUACUGGGGUGAACAAGUUUCAUUUGAUCUUAUCUUACCAAAUGUAAUAUCAAGAAAAUUACCAAUAAUUUCUUUAUGUAGUAGUAAAACAGAUAUAUAUAUUUCAUUAGAUAAUAUUAAUUUUUAUCUGAGAUCUAGUCAUGAUACAGCUGAAACUUUAGAUGGAAAUAAUUUAUAUUUGAAUAAUCUUAAUUUUUCAGAAAUGGAUAUUAAUAGUAAUUUACAUAAUUCAACAAAUAAUAAAAACAUAAAAUGUUGCGAACGUAUAUUUAAAGUAUCUGAAUCUACUGUUAUUGCACUUCAGUGGCUUAAUGCAUAUGAAGAAAGCUAUUUACCUUGUGACUUUCUUCUUUUUAAGAGGCAAAUUUCACCAAUUACAAAUAUUUGCCUAGAAUCUGAAUUAAUUGCAAUAGUUGAAGUCAAAACUACUAGGCUACCUAUAUGGCAUUUUAAUGUCUCUGGAUCUGAAUUAAAUACAGCCAAACAUCUUAGAGAAAAGUAUAAACUUUUAUUGAUUAAAGAUGCAGGGACAAGUCAGCCACAGUGGAUCCUGUUAAGUGAUGUUCCAUCAUUCCUAUUCAAAUCUUGUUAUAUGUUAAAUGGGACAUUUCAGUUUAAUGACAAUAAUAGCAAUAUAAAUCUUAGUGGUAUUUUAGAUACAAUUUCAGAUUUAUAA